UUGUUGGAAUCGGAGCGUCGAGGACCGUUUUCCAGAACUCGGAAUUCCUUCCCUUUUUUUCAUAAAAAAGAGAGGAAAAACCCAAAAAAUCUCACCCUCUCUCUCUCUCUUUAAAGGCAGAGAAGGAGGUCUUUUUCUGCUUCUUUCGACUCGAAGAUGAACGGCGGUCCAUCUGGUUUCCACAAUGCACCCGUCACAAGAAUCUUCAUCAUUGCGUGCGCCCUCCUCACAAUCUUCGUUGGGAUUCAACGCCAUUCUUCGUCAGCCCUCGGAUUAUCUUCCCAGGAUCUUUUCAAAAAGCUUCAGCUUUGGAGGUUAAUUGUGUCUGCAUUUGCCUUCUCAUCUACACCAGAGCUGAUGUUUGGACUGUAUCUGCUCUAUUACUUCAGGGUAUUUGAGAGACAGAUAGGAUCCAAUAAAUACUCGGUCUUUAUCCUGUUCUCCACAAUAGUUUCGUCACUCUUCGAGGUACUUGCUUUUUCAGUACUAAAAGAUCGUGCCCCAAGCAUACUAGCGUCAGGACCAUAUGGUCUUAUAUUUUCUUCCUUUGUUCCUUUUCACUUUGACAUUCCUGUCUCAUCACGGUUCCGUGUGUUUGGUUUUCACUUCUCAGACAAGUCAUUCAUAUAUUUAGCAGGUCUUCAGCUUCUGUUGUCAUCCUGGAAAAGAUCUCUCAUACCUGGAGUAUGUGGUGUUCUUGCUGGCUCUUUAUAUCGCCUCAAUGUGCUUGGAAUCCGCAGGAUUAAGUUCCCAGAAUUCGUAACAUCGUUCUUUUCACGGCUAUCAUGGCCCUUCUCGGGAGGUUCAUCACCCUCAACGUCAACUGGGAAUAUUGUAGGAAAUGUACAUCCUUACCCUGGUCGUCAAGUGGAGCGUAAUUAUCCUUCCUCCACGCCUCUCACUUCCAUUGCCGAACCGCCAGAGGAUUCCAUUGCUACAUUGGUCUCAAUGGGCUUUGAGAGAAACUCAGCAAGGCAGGCGCUCAUGCAGGCUAGAAAUGAUAUUAACGCGGCCACGCACAUACUCCUUGAAACACAGUCGCACUAAUUCGAACAUCACGAAUUUUUUGUUUCUAGAAGAAAAAAGAAGGGUUGAUCUUGACUUCCCAACAUGGCACAAUCAAUCCACAUCAAUUGACAACAGAAGGAGCUUUGCGGUAAGAAUGCCUUCAUCCGCUAUAAAAGAAGAAGAAACCGUAGUGGCUGCAGCAAUUGUUUAUUGAUCUUUUCGAUUCUCUAUUCCUUUUGUUUUUUGUAGUUCCAAAAGUGCAUAUGAAAACAAAAGGCUGAGAUUAUGUCAUGUUCUAAGAUAAUCUAGAUAGGGACGGCUGUAAAUUCUUUCUGUGGAUUAAACAGAUGGAAUAUAGAACUAAGGAAAAGACCCACUGGCAUUCAUGAA